CAUCAGCUGCAGACAGUCAGGUGUGGUCCGACCGGAGCGGUGAUCCAGCGGACUCCACCGGGACAAAAACACCGUCUACCGCGGGUCUGUAAACAUGACCCAGUGACGGAGCACCGAGUACACUCAAAUGACCAAACACCUUUAAACGCGGGAUGAAGAAGCGAGAAGCGGGAGCCCUCCUCAUGUCAUGAAACGGGGAACCCAGCCACCAGAGGAACUGAAGUGAAAUUAAGGGAUCAGCUUAAAGGAGCCUCAGCAGAUGUAACCACUACUGAACUACAGCCAAAAAGAGGAACAUCUACAUUUCUCGCUUCUUUUUGAGAUGAGGGAUGGAGUUAAUGAGUGAGCGGUGCAGGAGUUCAGGGCAAUAACUGGCAAUAAGCGGAUUUAUGGUCAGUAGUCAAGUCAGCCGUCCAUUUGUCUGUCAGAGCAGCGACCACAAGACGCAGAAUCCCCUCAUCAUGCAGCCUCACAUGUGUGGCUGUCACUGUGUGAAUGCAUAGACCUCUGUGGAGACGUUGCAUCAGAAGGAGGAAGGAAAGAGGUGUCCACACUGCACUGACAGAACUAUUGUAAAAAAAUCAUUGAGUGUGUGUAAAAAUCGAUGAGUCGUCACGAGCUGGAAGUCCCCUUCUGGACUGUCACUGGGUGGAACUGGAACUAAGGUGGAAGCACGCGGCGCUCUCAGCCGUCGAGCAUGAAUCACACAUGCAGAGCUCUGCAGAAACACUGCUGUGGUUUCACUGUGAGUCCAGGGAGGAGGAUGUGAGCGUCUGACCUCCAGGGAUAAACCAAAAAGUGCAGAAAUUCAUCUGGAAUGUCCUCUUGUUGGCACGGGAGUGAUCUUUGGACAAACUUGUGCACUCCUCUGAACUCGUAGCAUUGGGAAGUGUAGAGAAAAACAAACAGUGGGGAGAUCAGGAAUAUCACCUCCUAUGAAACUGAUUUUACUUGGAAAUCCAGUCAGAGGCCUUCCACAUGGCGGGGAAGGACUAUAAUCAUCUCUUUAAGCUGCUCAUCAUUGGAGACUCCAAUGUGGGGAAAAGCAGCCUCCUGCUCCGCUUCGCAGACAACUCCUUCUCUGGCAGCUACAUCACCACCAUCGGUGUCGACUUCAAGAUCCGGACUGUGGACAUUGACGGAGAGCGCGUCAAGUUGCAGAUCUGGGACACGGCAGGCCAGGAGAGAUUCAGAACCAUCACAUCCACGUACUACAGGAACACUCACGGUGUCAUCAUUGUUUACGACGUGACCAAUCCAGAGUCCUUUGUCAAUGUGAAGAGGUGGUUGAAUGAAAUCUCCCAGAACUGUGACAACGUCUGCAAGAUCCUGGUGGGAAAUAAAAAUGACGACCCUGCCAGGAAGCAGGUUGACGCUCAGGAUGCUGUGCGUUUCGGGGAGUCGAUGGGGGUCCGAGUGUUCGAGACCAGUGCCAAAGAAAACAUAAACGUAGAAGAGAUGUUCAUGGCGUUCACCCACAUGGUGCUGCGGGCCAAGAAGCAGAGCCAGAACCGAGCGGAGCGGGAGCGAGAGCGGGAGAAGGACACGGUCAACAUGAACGCACAGAGAGACCGAGACCGCCGGAAGAGAGGGAAGAAGUGCUGCUGAGCCUCAGACCGACUCCACUAGCCGCUCACCGCUCCUAUAACAAGCAUCCAAUAAGAUUGGGAAAACGUGCCUUAGGAGAUAAAAGUGUUCCGUGUUUCGAACUGCAGAUGUGAAUGUUUGAAACGUUUUACUUCAACGCCAAGUUAGGAACCAACAGGCCGCUAUGCUGAGCUGCUAAGGGAUCAGCAGCCUGUCAGCAGCCUGGAGGUCACCAGUUAAAGGAGCAUUCUGGUGUUUUUCAAUUUUCAGCCCAUUUACUGCAGAUCAGUUUAAAAGCAUGCAGUGGAGUUUCAGGUUUGUGCUCCUGAUGAUGAAAGGUUGGUUGUUCAGAUUAACACCAAGAUUUCUGUUGCUGUUGAUGAUUCCCAGAGGAUGAACACUGGUAUUUUCAGAGACCCCGGGCCUUUUCAUUCAUGCACAAGCACAAGGAAUCAAUCUGACAGGUUGCAAUGAAACGUCAAGCACAUUCACACACUUAGUCUUACUGUAAAGUUACAAAUGGCUAAAUUAUUAGAUUGUUUGUUGCAGGAUUUUAGGGAGAGAUUAUGUUCAUAAUCUAUUAAUCUGCUAAUUCUUUUUCUUGGCAAAUCACAUUAACAGUAAAAAAAAACACGUCACAAUCUCUAAUGUCAUGCCACCAGAUGUUUGGUUUUGUUUUUGACAUCUGAGACAAAAUAUUUCAACCACAGUUUAUUAAAAUGUGUUGCAGAUAUUCAGGCUUUCCAGAGGAUUCAUUCUAAUAGUUUCAGUGACCUCCACCCUUUUCUCUGCUGCAGACAUUAAAUGAAAAGUUUCAACUUGAACAUGAGAUAUGUUCAACAUUUAUCUGGCAGAGGCCUUGAAAUUUACUGAGCUUGUUCAUCCUUUAAGGAUGAACCUCUUCAGCCUUUCUUCAGUCUGUAUCUGCAGGUCGGUUUAGGUGUUGAUCCUCCUGUCUGGGCAGCCGCCACUUUUAUCUUUUAAAUUUGACAUCUGAUUUGAGACAAUCCACCAUAAACAUCAUGCAAAAGUGAGAAAUCUCACUUUGACUCCACAAAAGAGGAAUAUGUUAACUCCCAGCAGACAUGAUGUAAACUGAAUGUCUCUUAAGGAUGAUAAAGGAGAAAACAGCUACUGCCUGUUGAUUAAUAAAUCUAGAACAUUGUGUCUGAGGUGAAUGAGCUGAAACAUAAAAACACAGUCUGCUUCUUUAACUUUGCACUAGUGAACCACUGUCAUGUACCGAUGUUUUAGUUGUUUAAUCCAGUAAACGUGACCACUGAAAGGGAACCGUGACACACUAACAGUGUCAGUAAUAACACAGACUACAGAGUGUGUUUGUGUAACCUCGCAGCCCAGACGUUCAACUCAUUAGUAUGUUGUUUUUUUAAUAUAAAUCUGUUGCCUAGCAAAUGUGUCCAAAUCCAAAUAAAGCAAUAAAUCCAGA